AUGCAAUCCAGACUGUUGGUGCUCGGCUCUGGUGAGCUCGGGACGGCGUGUGCGUUGUCGCUGCUGGCAAAUGGAAAUGAGGCAACUAUGGUGACGAUGCUUGGCCGGGACAAGGAGUACCUGCACGAUCUGCAGCACGGCUCUCGUGCAUUCCGGCCGUUCGACCACCGCGUUCGUGUUCCGUCGCGGCUGUCUUUCCAAGAAAUGGGCGGAGGGCUGCUGGAGAGCGGCGAGGCGUCAUUUCUUUGCGUGCCAGUGACGUCUUUCGCUGGGAAGGAUGACGCUACAUCGCCGGCGAGUGCAGACCCUCCGGUGCUGCAAUGCUUGCGCCAGCACGCGGACGCGCCUACUUUUGUCUUUAGUCGUGGCCUUUCUAGAGGAGGAUUAACGCCAUGCGAACAGAUCAAUCACGCCAUGUGUUCGCAGGCGUCGAAGCUGGUUGUCGUCUCUGGGCCGCUCUUCGCGAAGGAGUGGGCAGCAGCAUCGGCGCAGGAGCUGAGGAGUGACAGCAGCAAUAGUAGUAGCAACGGCAACAACGGUAUAUCCCUUGCAUUUGCUAUGGAUGAUGCGACAGAUGCUGCGGCACGUGUGGCGGUGCAGGAGCUGACAGAGCGGCUGUGGCGGCGCGAGUGCGUUACUUGGCUCAUGGAGCCGGCGGCCGCUGGUGUCCUCUCGCUUGUCAACGCGUGUGUCCCUCUGUGCUCGAUGGGCGCGGGGCUGGUGAGCAGCGAGUACCCUUCCUGCGUAUCGGCAAUGAUGUCGUACAUGCAGCAUGCCAUCAGUGCAACAGAGCGGCUAGUGAACGAGGUCUUGUCUCGCCCGCAAGGCACGCCGUUGCCGGCGUGUGCAGUGACGACGCUCGCGAUGGCGUGCACGAAUCAUGCCUCCCGCGAAUUUAUUUUCGGCCGUCGUCUGAACUUCCACUUUCGUCACCAUGACGCUAUUCGAGCCGUUUUCCCAGGUAACUCGCAUGAGCCGUUGGACGCGACGGUGGAGGGGCUCCACACGUUGCUGCAGCAGCGAUCGCUGUCCUCACCGUUCUAUGAGGUGCUGAUGGAUGCAUUCCUGACGGUGCUGCGUGCGUCGGUGGUGGGGCGGGGAUUGGUGAAGACGGGAUGUUACGACUACCGCCACCACCUUCGCGUCGAGGACUCGUCACUGCUGCAACACGCGCUGGCGAUGGACGAGGCGGUGCUCUCGGGUGACGAGCAGCGCUUUGAGAAGACGCGGCAGGCGGUGGCAAUGACGUUCGGUGGCUCGACAGCACCGCCGCCGCCGUGA